AACGGUCGUGAUUCGUGAGCCUCUGCAGCAACAAGAAAUCAGCAAGAAAUCAGCAAGAAAUUGAGAGAGCUUCAAUCAAGAAUUCAAGAUGCUACAUUCGCCUGAUGAACCCAGACAAGGGAAAGUUCUACGCAGGGGAAACGGGGAAGAUGAAAGACCAGACCGAUUGAGUGAUCUCCCAGAACCAGUUCUUGAAUGCAUACUGGGUAAAUUGGAGUCUACCAGACUGGCAGCCCAGACUUCAGUUCUCUCGCGUGCUUGGAAAGAGAUUUGGUGCAAGGUUCAACGAAUCAGCCUAGAUUCAGACGAAUUUCUGGAUCAGUCGAAAUUUGCCCGGUACGUCCACGGCGUGAUCUCUGGCCACAGUGGAAGCUCGGUAGACCUAAUUCUCUAUCGGGACAACAAUUCCCCCCUGGACGGGAGACUUCUGGAGGAGGUGAUUUCUUUUGCUGUAUCUUCUGGAUGCCGGACCCUGUUCAUAAGAGUGCGUAUCGGUGGAACUAUGCAGUCAAGUUUACUUACACCGCUCUCUGGUACUUGGUUUACUUCUCUAGAGCUUCGUGGGCUGUUUCUGGACGAUGGAUUCGGUUCUUGUACAUUCCAAAAUCUUGUCUUUUUGAGAUUAGAAAAUUGCUUGCUGCCACGUAGUAGUAGUACCAAGGGAGGUAAAGUAGAUGACUUUACCCAGUUACCCUCUUUGGAGAGUUUACAUUUGUGGGGCUGUGCUUUCGAGAACACCAAUACUUGUUUGAAGAUCACUGGACCGAAAUUGGUAGAGCUGGAAAUCCUUGAUAUAAGCUGCUUGAAAGUGGAAGUGGUGGCACCAAACCUCAAGAAAUAUUAUGAGUUGGAAGCAAUGGACCCACCGAGAUCAUACGAGUUCAGUGUUCCUUCACUGAUUGAUUCUACGGUUAGCGUCAGAAGUGGUUGUUUUGACAACAUGAGCGGGGAGCAAAUUUUGAGUUGGUGCUUCAGCAUCUUUAAUGAACUCCACAGUACACAUAAACUCACUUGAACUUUAGACUACUUGAGGCUCUUUGCCAGAAUUGGCAUCUUCUGGAGGGUCGUUCUUCUCCAUUUAGAAGCCUGCAAAAUAUGAAAGUCUCACAAUACAGAUCACGCUCCCAGAUUCCUUACCCAGUGAUGAGUUAUUUCCUCCAAGCUUCAGAGGGAAAAGGAAAACCAGCAACCAUGGAGUUUGAAUGAACAGAGUUUUGAUAUAGUGCUGUGGCAGAAUUUUAUAUGUCAACAGGAACAGAGUUUUGAUAUAGUGCUGUGGCAGAAUUUUGAAGGAGUUAGUGAUAGAAAUGGAACAGAGUUUUGAUAUAGUGCUGUGGCAGAAUUUUGAAGGAGUUAGUGAUAGAAAUGGUAAUGGGCUCAAUUUUGGUGAAGUGGAUAUAGAAGAGGCUUGCUGUGUUGAAGGACAAGUCUGAUCUUUUGUAACCUUGGAGCUAAGCACUUAGUCUGAUCUUUUGUCCCUUCCAAAGGAAAAUAAAGCUUCACUCUCAGGUAAUUCUUAGCUGACAUGGUGGGCCAUACUCUUAGCAGCAUACAAUCUUGCUUUUACUGCAAUUGUAUUCAGAAAAUCAUGUCAUUAGUUGGAACCAUCAACAACCUAUGAGCUCCAAUCAGAGGGUACUUACUUUUGGCUUCCUGCUGCUGUCCUCUUAAGUAUCCAAAUUACAGUUACCAUAG